GAGCAGCAGCGCACGGAGGGAGCCGGGGCGAGACUGCUGCGCGGGGGGCUCCCGCAGCCACCCCACGAGUUACGGGGCGGGUGUGUGUGGGGUUUAUUUCCCGCACUCCUGCGCCUGGAUUUUAAACGGGAGGAGGAAGAUCGAGUGCGUGAGAGCAGAGGACGGCGAGAGGCUUCUGCCUGUGCCGCCGAAUGCCAGAGAUUCAACAGGGGAGAGGAAAAGUGACUUCACUUUGCCUAAUGUAACAGUGAUUUCCUUGGUGAGUGCUAUACCAGAUUUUGUUAAGCCUGUGUCUGCAGAGAUGCCAGAUAAAACGCCAGGUGGUACAGAACCUGUCCCCAGGAGUGAAGAUGACUUCCACUUACCUCUUGAUGUUUUACCAGCCGUGAGGGACACACUGGACUCCAAGGCAAAAGGGGAAGAUUUGCACAAGGAGACCAGACCUUUCUGCUACUGUGAAAAAAAAACCAUGGACCUGUCAGACAGUGACCGUCCUGUCAGCUUUAGCUCCACUUCUUCCUCUGCUUCCUCUAGGGACAGCCACUGCUCCUUUGGAAGCAGAAUGACCUUAGUUUCAAACAGCCACUUGGGCUUGUUUAACCAGGAUAAAGAAUCGGGUGCCAUCAAGCUAGAACUGGUUCCAGCCAGACGAUUUUCAAGCAACACACCAUGCAAAAACUCCCCUAUGGAGCAAGAGGAUCCUGAGGAAAGCCUUGAAAAAAGGCUAAGCAUUCCAAGGAAAGCAGAACCAAAAGGAGUGAGCAAAAACUGUGCGAUGUCCCUGGUCACAGAGCCCACCAGUCCCAAGCUCCUCUACGUAGACAGAGUUGUCCAAGAGAUUCUGGAGACAGAGAGGAUGUAUGUGCAGGAUCUGAAAAGCAUUGUGAAGGAUUACCUCGAUUGUAUCACUGAUCACACCAAGCUCUCCCUGGGGACAGAAGAGCGAUCAGCCCUGUUUGGAAACAUACGGGAUAUCUAUCAUUUCAACAGUGAACUUCUGCAAGAUUUGGAAAACUGUGAAAAUGAUCCUGUGGCUAUAGCAGACUGUUUUGUUUCCAAGAGUGAAGAUUUCCACAUAUAUACUCAGUACUGCACCAACUACCCAAGGUCGGUGGCAGUGUUGACAGAAUGCAUGAGGAACAAGACACUGGCCAAGUUUUUCAGAGAACGGCAAGAAGCACUGCAACAUUCUCUGCCCCUGGGCUCCUAUCUCUUGAAACCCGUCCAGCGUAUCCUCAAGUACCACCUGCUUUUGCACGAAAUAGAGAACCACCUUGACAAGGACACUGAGGGCUAUGAUGUGGUGCUGGAUGCCAUAGAUACAAUGCAGAGAGUGGCAUGGCAUAUAAAUGACAUGAAGAGGAAACAUGAACAUGCCAUCAGGCUCCAAGAGAUACAGAGUUUGCUCACCAACUGGAAGGGGCCAGACCUGACGAGUUAUGGGGAGCUGGUGUUAGAAGGAACAUUUCGCAUCCAGCGAGCCAAAAAUGAGCGCACGCUGUUCCUCUUCGACAAGCUGCUGCUAAUUACAAAAAAGAGAGAUGAGAUGUUUGCAUAUAAAGCUCAUAUACUGUGUGGGAAUCUCAUGCUUGUGGAAGUAAUACCAAAGGAACCACUUAGCUUUAGCGUCUUCCACUACAAAAAUCCCAAGAUGCAACAUACUGUCCAGGCAAAGUCUCAACAAGACAAACGCCUUUGGAUUCUUCACCUGAAGAGGUUAAUUCUAGAAAAUCAUCCUGCUAAAAUUCCUGCCAAGGCAAAACAGGCAAUUCUGGAAAUGGAUGCUAUACAUCAUCCAGGCUUCCACUAUAGCCCUGAGGGAGAAAUGAAAUCAUCCUACCAGCCUAAAGAAGGCAGUGCUCCUCACAGAGUGAGAAGGAAAUCAGAACCCUCAUCUAGAGUCCAUAAAGUUUUGAAGUCAAAUGAUGUAAGUCCAGAUAUGCAGAAGCGGAUCAGCAUUGAAGGAGCCCUGCUAUCUCAAGCCACCAAACUAGGAUCAAAUGAUGCCCUGCUGAAUUCUAGGAAAAAGGGCUCCUUGGAACCCAGUGGGCUGGAGAGCCAAUUUCAAGAGUCCAUUGAACCAGCCUACAGCAGCGAUCAGGAUGAAAAUCUCCAGACUUCUGCUAUGUCACAGAUUGAUGCUGAUGAUGAAGAAGAGUCUGAACAGGGAAUGCAGCAAAACUCACUGCAGAAAUUGAAAGGGGGAAGGAAAAGACUUAACAGUCAAGCUGCUGAAAAUGUUGAAAAACGGAGAAGUGUUAAUCUCAACAAGUGUGAAGUGCAGAGUUCCAAGGACCCGUCAGAUGAAGAGUCCAGCCAGCUGAAUACCGAUCUUCCCUUUUCCUGCUCAGCCAGACAGCCACAGUUGCCUCGACAAUUCAGCACACCCCAGAACAACUCCCUAAUCAUGAAUAUCCUGGGGGGAAGCACCUCUAUUCGAAACAUCUGGACUGACCAUCAGAUCAGGCAGGCGCUCUUUCCCAGCCGGCGCCCACCUUAUGAGAAUGAAGAUGACGAAGAUGAUUAUCAGAUGUUUGUGCCAUCCGUGUCUACACCCAGUGCUAGGUCAGCUGUUGGUGGAGAGAGGAGGGGAUCUUCUGGGCGUCCAUGCAGCUGGCACUUGGGGGUAGUGCAUCAAAACGAGGCCUCCAGCCCCACCCGUCACAAAAUUGUCAGGCGGGCCAGUAGUGCUGGUGAAAGUAACUCGGGUCCUGCCAGCACCAGGUAUAAAAUUGGGGAGCGCAACUCUCGGAGAGAAGCAAAGAGAACAGAGGGGAACAGUAUGAAUGCGUAUCCCGAAUCUUCAGAGGAGCUGACCAUCGAUGAUAUUGAACAUGUUUAUGAUAAUAUAAGCUAUGAAGACUUAAAAAUGAUGGGUCUGACAAGGAGGGAGGAGGCAGACCGUGGUCCUCAGAGAUCUGCUAGAGACUCUCUCUACGAGGCCGAGAACAAAAGCAGCUUAGAUUCACCCUCAAAAAAGAGGACAGCAAAGCAAAACAGAGCCUCCAUUCAUGCUAGUAGGGAUGAGAUAUCACUCAAUAGAGAAGCACCUACUUCAAGUUUGGAUGAGCUCAGGAUCGUUGAGGACAACAUCUAUGACACCAUCGUGCUUCCAGAAGCACCACUGUUGAAUUUGAAAGGCUCUAAAAGGCGGGGUUUUCUGGGCCUGGGAAAAGAUUUUGCAUGCUGUGACAAUUUACAGCAGUUUGUUUCUGAAGAGAGUCUCCAGUUCAGUGAAGAUGAAAGUCCUUACCAUCGUGUUCCUGUCGAAAAUGACUAUUUGAGCUUAGUAGAUAGCUCCUCCAACUCUGAUUCACUCUCCCAUAAGUCUGCAGCAGAUAAACUUUCAGAGGAAGUAGAUGAGAUUUGGAAUGACCUGGAGAACUACAUCAAGAAGAAUGAGGAAAAGACAAGAGACCGUCUUCUUGCAGCCUUUCCCGUUUGUAAAGAUGAUAUGCAGGAAAGGUUGCACACAGGUAGUACACCUGAAUUGAGUAAAGAUGUAGAUUACUCACUGUCUACUCUGUCUCUGCCAGAAACUCCUAUUUUCCCUAAAGCUGUUAAGCCCAGGGCUGCCACUAUAAGCGAGGCCAACCUCAGGCUUGAAGACACCACACCAUGCAAGGAGAACUCUUCUAUGAGUCUGAACAGAUCUUCUUUCUCCAGUGAGAUGCCUUUCGUAGACAGCCCAUACGAAUCUGCCAAUAGUGUUCUGUCCAACACUCAUGCAGAGGGCAUGGAAAAUGACUUGGCUGUUGUGGAUAAAACAAAAAACAGAGUUUUUAUGAUGGCAAGACAAUACAGUCAAAAAAUUAAGAAGGCUAACCAGCUUUUGAAAGUUAAAAGCCCAGAGCAGGAACAGCCAGCUAGCAGACAACAAAAAAUGAAACACAAAGAUCUUGCUGCUAUUCUGGAGGAGAAGAAACAAGGUGGUCCUGCUAUUGGUGCCAGAAUAGCUGAAUACUCUCAACUUUAUGACCAAAUCAUCUUUAGGGAAAGUGUACCUAAGGUCCAAAAGGAAGCCUGGGCCACCUCUCAGGAGCCAUCAGCUGGGAGGUAUUCCACACCCAUGGCUGCUUCUGCUCCUCACUCCCAGGCUGCCAGUGAAUGCUCAAGAGCAGAGGAUUGGCUUUUGCAUUCUACGUACAGUAAUGGCGAGCUGGCCGACUACUCGCCAUGGCCUGAAUCCCAAGACCUGAAGGGCAAGAGCUCCUAUACAGAAGCUGGUACAAAAAGCAAUUCAAGGCAGCUGCCAUCAGCUGGCUCAGUGCCUUCCCUUCAGAUUUCUAACCGUUUGCAUGUCCCGGCACAGAGGUGGAGUGCCAUUAUAAGCCAACCAAACAAAGAAAAUUUACAUCAAGAUCACGUCUACAACUCCCUUGGCAGAAGAGUAAGCAAUACAAAACCACAGGCAUAUAGCAGGUCACAGUCAUCUUCCUCAGUUGUGGUCAACAGGUCUGGAGAAGCCAUCAUAUAUCCAAAUGAAAUGGACAAGAAAAAGCUCCACUUGAAUAGGAAUUUCGGAUUCAACAGCUGUCAAACGCCAAGUAUCGUGUCGGGAUGUACAGGGCCUGAUACGAGAAAGCAAAUGCCUGAAAACUGUUCUGAUAUGAUUCUGCAGGAUUCUCAAAAGGUCCUGAGAGUGAACAGGGCCUCCCCUCUGACAGCACAGAUGGCCACUCAGAACUAUUUUUCAAAUUUUAAAGAUACUGAAGAAGAAGGAGAUGAUGAUGACUAUGUUGAAAUAAAGUCUGAAGAUGAGGGAUCUGACUUGGAGGCUUCUCAGAACCAAGAAAGGAAAUACGAUCCUAAGCUGCAUACUGCAGAUGCUGCUCCAUCUGAAAUGCUCUGUGGUAAAACUGUCUCGUGUACUCUUGCAAAGCCUGCCAGCAGCAAACAUGCUCUUACCCCAUAUCUGACUGCAUAUAGUGAUUCUGAUAAACUGAAUGACUACCUGUGGAGAGUACCAUCUCCUAAUCAGCAGAAUAUUGUCCAGUCUUUAAGGGAAAAGUUUCAGUGUCUCAGUUCAAGUAGCUUUGCUUGAUGCUUUCAGUAAUUUCUAGCUGUACUGCCUUAUUGUGACAGAGUAUAUACCAGGAUAGUCAGUACUGACAUCAUGUAUUUCUGCAAUACUACACAAUCAUUGUAUAACAGUACUACUGUAAAUAGUUGUAAAAUGUAUCUUUUCAAGAUGGUUUAGAAUCCUGGAAGUGAAAAGGGCCACAUGCACACUGUGUCUGGAGUCUCACUCCAUAGUGCAAGGGGGGGGACUUCUCAUAUCCCCUUUAACCUUCACAUCUUCCCUUGUUAGGUGCAAUACCCUUUGAUUCUUACCAUCAAACCAGGUGUGAUGCCACUUGAUUCUUAAACCGUUUUAUCUCAUGGGAGCCUUAGUAUUUGGACCUCUGAGUUGGUGACCAGUGUUCUGCAUCCAAAAUACCCACAUGAUUAUAAUAGUUACAUAUGGGAGCAUUUAGGUGAGCAGCUACUCCCAUGAGUGGUAGUUACACCAACAUGCUACAUGUUCAGGUGCACAUACUUUUUGCACGUUACUUUUCAACAGACAUAUUCCAAGUGUUGGGACCAAUGCAUAUGCUACAUUACUUUUGAACAGGCUUCUUAUAUUCUAAACAAAAUCUUAUCCUAGUGCUUGUGAGGGAUGCUAGACUGGUAGCUCUGUGUCUGAAGCCUUUUCUCCUUUUUGUAACUGCACAGUAAGUAGAGGAUGGGCAGUGAGAGAUCUUUAUGUGAUUCUGUUGAUGUGACGCAGUCCUUGCCUGGAGGAUGUUUUUGGAGCUUCCCCUAUAGAAGGGGAGCUCCACUGCUUGUGAAGAUGGCGAGAUUGAGUUCAGUGGUGGUGUUUGUAACAAGCAGGCCAGAAUUUGAGUAUCUUGCAGCACAGAGCCCAGCAUUGUAGAGCCACUGGUAUGCGUUUGUUGAGUAGCUGUGUUUUGUACACAGUGGCCAGCAGGGCAUUUGUUUGAGUCUCAGAGUGAGUAACCCUAAGAGAGAAAUUUGGGGCUUUGCUGAAUGUUGGGGUGAAAUACAAAUAAUGCAGCAUGUUUGGUCCAUAGGAUGUUUCAGCAAUACUGCUGCUGAGUGACAAGCUGCCGUACCCAGGAAAUGUAUCUUCUGUAGUAUGAAACAAUCCUUCCUGGCAGGGAGAGCUAAAAUGCAUAUUUUCUAAGCCAGCCUGGGCUGACUCUAAUCCAAUUUAUGUACAAUAAAAAGGAUCCUAAAAAAUGAGAAUGCAUUCCAUUCUUCUGGAAAUCAUACAUAGAAUAAAACCACUGUAGUUUGCAGUGAGACCUAGCUUUCCAAUAUGAUGCACAUUUGCUCCCCUUUUUCAUCUCUGUUGCACAGGUUUGGAUUCUGUUACUUGAAAACAUUGUACCUAAAGGAAAGCCUAAAUAUGUCUACACUGAUCGUGUGUGACUGUUGCUCUUUUUUGGUGCUUAAAUUCUACAGAUCACAUGGAUAAAGCCAGUACAGAGUUAAAGAUACCACUAAAUAGAAGAGUUUAAUUGAAAUACUAUUUUUAUUAAUCUCCUCGGCUACAGAGCACUGUACAUCCAGAACAGCUAUUUACUACACUGGUUAUCAUGAGGAAAACCUGAAGUUAACAGUGUUCAGCUAUUUACUUGUAGAUUAAGAUUUAAGGACUUGAAUUUGUUAGAAGUGAUUAAGUUAUUUACCAUGCAUAUCUUGCAUUGGCUGGGAAUUGUUGUUUUGAGAGCUGGUUGGUCAUGGUACUUACUAGCUCAUCCCACAGGGAUACUUGUUACAGUCAUCACAUCCACUGUAAUAGGACCCGCAGCUAUCUAGUAAAAUCCGAUUGAGAAAGAAUGUUGUACAUAUUUAAGAUGACGAAGUGUAGCAGAGCCCGUAUUUAUUAAAUAUAGCUUGUAAAGUAUUGUAAAUAUGAAUAGAAGUUAAAUUUGUGCUUUACCUGCGCACGUCUAGAUUUGUUUAAACGCCUAGGGGAAUGUUGUUUAACUCGCAUCUCAUGCAGUCAGCGGAGUUGGGGGCGUGGGAGUGGGGAACCCAAAAAAAAAAAAAAAAAAAAAAAAGAAAACAACAGAAAAAGGGACUUCUAGUCUGUAACUUCUCCCAGGGACCAUUUCAUACUAUUUUUAAUAAACGUUGAGUAUGCAAAA